GAAUUCACCUUCUUCUUCCUCAUCUCUAUCUCUCUGCUUAUUCUCUGAAUGUGAAGCUUGAGGAGAGUUAUAGAUCCUGUUGAAGUACUGUAAUUUAGAUCUUACAUAGACGAGAAAGAAGAUUGAACAGAGAGUAUCGAAUUCCUUCUGGAUCUACGCGGUUUAGGCGGGAGAAGGUUUUGGUUUGGGAAUGCGUUUUUGAGCUGAUCUUAUACGUCUAUUGAGGUUUAGCUCAGUCUAGAAUUCGUUAGCUAGGGAUAGGCUGAUGAAGAACGGGAUGGCUGAGUGCAGCGUAUGUCGUUCAAGGUUGGUUUCUCCCAGUAGCAAAGCUAUUUCAAGGGCUUAUGACAACUACAACUACAAGAUUCGAGUAUCCUCAAAACAACGAGCUCUCAAUGUCUUUUUGGUAGUUGGUGACUGCAUGCUAGUUGGUCUACAGCCCGUCUUAGUGUACAUGUCUAAAGUGGAUGGAAAGUUCAACUUUAGUCCUAUUAGCGUCAACUUCUUGACAGAAAUUGCAAAAGUUAUUUUUGCGAUUGUCAUGCUAUUAUUCCAGGCCAGGCACCAAAAAGUUGGAGAGAAACCUCUACUAUCUCUUUCCACGUUUGUCCAGGCAGCUCGGAACAAUGUGCUUCUCGCUGUUCCAGCAGGGUUGUAUGCCAUUAAUAACUAUCUUAAGUUCACAAUGCAGCUAUAUUUCAAUCCUGCUACUGUGAAGAUGCUCAGCAAUCUAAAAGUUCUGGUGAUUGCUGUACUACUGAAGAUGAUAAUGAAGCGACGGUUUUCCAUCAUACAGUGGGAAGCACUUGCUUUGUUGCUGAUAGGGAUUAGUAUAAAUCAGCUGCGUUCUCUUCCUGAAGGUGCUACAACUAUGGCUGUUCCAAUUGCUACGGGUGCAUACAUCUGUACCUUUAUCUUUGUUACUGUCCCAUCUUUGGCGUCUGUCUACAACGAGUACGCUCUAAAGAGCCAGUUUGACACAAGCAUUUAUCUUCAGAACUUAUUCCUCUAUGGUUAUGGUGCGAUAUUCAACUUCCUUGGAAUACUUGGAACUGUUAUAUAUAAAGGUCCUGGCAGUUUUGACAUCCUACAAGGACAUUCUAGGGCUACUGUGUUUCUGAUACUGAACAACGCAGCACAAGGGAUUUUAUCCUCCUUUUUCUUCAAAUAUGCAGAUACAAUCUUGAAGAAAUAUUCGUCCACAGUAGCCACAAUAUUUACUGGCAUAGCAUCUGCAGCACUCUUUGGACAUAUAUUAACCAUGAAUUUUCUUCUGGGAAUUUCUAUAGUUUUCAUUUCAAUGCAUCAGUUCUUUUCACCCCUUUCGAAAGCAAAAGACGAGCAACAAAACGGAAACCUAGAGUUAGUUGACGCAAAGGAUGGCCAUAGGACUAAAGACUCAUUCAUCAACAUGGCAGCAGGAGCAAAUGAAGAAGCUAGUCACCGCAUUGAAUCAGAUGACAGAGUGCCACUUCUUCCCAGAUAAACGCUUUCUCAACGAUUUAGCUUCAAAGAAUUCUUUUGGCCAAAGAUUAUUUUUAGAGAUCAGGGAAUUUCGAUCUUAUACAACCCGUACCCGGAUUCAGCGCAAUAAAAUUCGUGAGAUUGGGUCCUUCACCGUGCUGCAAUUCUCUCAAAGAGUCAGUUAAGUUCGUUAAGAAACAUCUUUAAAGCCU